AUGCACGUCUCCUUCAUCCUCUUCGCCGUCCUCGGCCAGCCCCUCCUCGGCGCCGCAACAUCCACCAUCAAACCAGUCCUCCCAACGACCCUACUUUCCCUCCCAGGCUCGCCUCUCCCGACCAUUGUCGACCCAAUCCCAAGCCCGGCCUCAACUCUGCUCUCGACCCUCACCCUCCCCGCGACGCUGACCAGCCUCGUCCGGCCGACCAAGACGAUCCACCUCCUGCCGAGCAAGACCAAGAGCUACAGCGACUGCGGCGGCUUCCGCCCCACGCCGGCGCCCGUCUGCGCGGCGGGCUUCGCGUGCAUCGACGACCCGUGGGUGGGCGGCUGCGGCCAGGCGUGCGACAUGCCGGGCAUCUGCGUGCAGGAGAUCCAGUGCGGCGGGUUCGUCGGCAAGGCGUGUCCUGCGGGCAAGUACUGCAUCGACGACCCGAGAGAUGACUGCGAUCCCAAGAGGGGCGGGGCGGAUUGCAUCGGGAUCUGUAUUUGA